AUGGCCCGCUGGCACUUCAUGCAAGUGUCCCCCUCGGUCGCCUGCUCACCCCCCAGCGCCCCGCUAAACACCUGGCAGCUGCCCCCGUGGAAGGCGUGUAUCUGGGAGGACUGCCCGCGCGAGGCGCUAAUGCUCGUCUCGAGCGAGCUCUUCUGUGGCCCGCACAACGAUGCCUACUUCCGCCGCUGGGAGCGUCCGCGCUGGCUCAAGCCGAGCCAGGACCCGCCGGCGUAG